AAGCACAGUAGCAAAGACGGUUGUCACUUUGAAGAUGACAAAGCCACAUUGCGAGGAAUAGGGAAAAAAGCAAAAAAGUGAAAUUGGUCCACCCACUAAAAAAAAGGGAGGGGACGCGUGUCCAGCUGUGCUCGACAUUCCACCUUUUUUUUUCACGCAACGCACAAAGCACAUCAGGACGAACAAAAGAUCAAGCAACCAUGGUGAAUUCAUCAGCAAACGGCCUUCAUCUCGACGAUGAGACUCGUAACCAGGAGAUCGUAACCAGUCUGCGCGGAUUCCUUAAGCAUCAGACUGAACGAGUCUCAUUAUACAAGGAAUUCAACGAUGCGUUCAAGGAAUAUACAGCAAAGCGAAUGACAUCAGAAGAAUAUGCGACGAUCUGCAACAUCGUCACCCAAGGAUUCGUCGAGCUCUCGAUCGAGAUCCUGGCCCUUGAAGCCCACCUCGGAGGACCCACGCAUACCUCUACCAUAAACGGCUCCGCACCCACACCAUCAUCAACAACAACACUGACGGCAACAGAAACAUCAAUAGAGAGCACGCCCAACAGGAUCUCCUUGGACUCACCAGAACACGCCCAACUAAUCCGUCAAGUCCAAUUGCUCGAAAAACAAAAGUUGGCCUUGACGGUUCAGGGUCAGAAGUGGGCGAUGGCGAAACAGGAACAGGAGGCAGAGGAUGAGAAGGAGCGGGAGGCAGAGCUUCAGACGGAUCGUGUGGUGAGCAUAGAAACGGAGGAGCAAGGUGAUGAGGGUGUUGAGGCUGAGGUUGAGGCGACGGCUGUGCAAGGCAGCGAUUCGCAUACGCAGGCAGUGAAUGGGGAAGGGAUCAAGUUGUCUGGGGAGGAGUGGCAAGCCAAACUGGAUGGGAACCGUGCAAGGUAAGGAAGAGCAUUAAAGGCCAACAUCAUUUAGUAUAUUUGGUACAGACCGUCGAU